AUGGCCAUGGAGAUCGUCAAGCACAGCGAGGAGGAGGAGUUCGCCAUCAAGCCGCAGGCCUCGGUCCCCCAUCUGGACACGAGCAACUGGCCUCUGUUGCUCAAGAACUACGACAAGCGCAACCCUCUGAAGAGAGACAUCAAGUCGUACAUCUCCAGUGGUGUCAUCAACCUCGACAAGCCCUCCAACACAUGA